ACAUACAUUGAUAUUUACGAUGCACCGCCUUUAAUUGGAUUUUUUGCGAAAUUUUGAUUACCUUUUUGAAUAGUUGAAAUUCUUCAGAUGCUUUCGGCAAAAUAACAAAAAAAGCCGGGAUGCAUGAACUUUUCUCCCAAGUUCUGACACGUAAAGAUCUGUCAAAAGCUGGAGAAUUGUUUUCCCUGGAAGAUAAUGACAUAAAGAAUGACUUGACAGCUGUUUUAGAAAGCAUUUGUGAGAUUGCUAAGAGUCCGGAGUAUGCUUCAAGCGACAAUAAUCAGAGUGUGGUUGAAAUCUGCAUUACUCGUGUGACCUCGGCUAUAAGAGAAACACACAGUAUUGAGGAGAAUGUUGUUGGGCUGGUUAAACUACUGGAAGUAUGUAAUACACACAACUUGAAGCAAUCAGUCAAAGAUACAGACCCACCACAUGUUAAAAUAGCAUCGGAUAUUAUGAGCUGCCUGUUCAUGCACUAUGGCAAAGAGAAGGUGAUGACACUAGCUAUACCGGUUGCUGUGAAAUUUCUGACCUGUGACCAUAAAGAGUUGAGCCAUAAUGUUGCCAGUUAUCUUUCUUUGGCAGCCAUUGACAAUGCAGAUAUGUUGGCAAAGUACAUGGACCUUAUUGUUUCAAGUAUUUUGAAAGACUUUACAUAUUUGGAAAUUUGUGGACAGAAGGAAAUGAGAUCUGUAUCAAGCCAGACUGAAGGAACUGUCACAAUUAUCACCGUUGGCAACCCAGCGUAUCCUAGCAAUGUAGUAGGUGUAAGACAACAACAACAACAGCCUAACAGUGCGAGAUCCAGUCAACAAAGUCUAUCAAAAGCUUCAAGGAACAGUUCAUCAAAUGUCCGAACAUUGAAUGAUCGUCCUGUAAGUCCGGCCUCAACACUGGACCGAGCUUCAUUAAACAGUGCUCUCACACUGAGCAGUAAUCCAGGAUUGCCACCAGAACCAGUUAGAGAUGGAGUUCAACACUUCUGUGAAAAGCAUUUAAGUACAAUACGAAACUUUAUCAGCAGUCUAUCAGCCAGAAUACCACUUCCAGCUAAAUGCAGCAUAGUUGAUGGUCGACACAAACGUUAUGUGAGAUUAAAUUUUCAGUGUGGAAUAAAUGGAAAGCAUUGUCUGUAUGGAAAACAGUUCUUCACCCUUAACACCAAACUUCCAAAAACUUGGAUACAUCUCAUGUUCCUAGCUGUACAGGCACAGUCUCAGUCUGCAUUGAGUCAACAAGAUGUAAAUGUGAGCAGUCUGAAAGCAUGCUGGGAUGCCUUAUAUCCAGAGAAAGGAAAUAGCGGAUAUCUUACACUCGUCACCUCAUCAUUCCCUGUUGCUAAGGAUCAAGAUGCGUUGUUACAAGAAAUGCACAAUGUGCGAUAUUUUGACGUGUUUGAGUUCAAUGCAGUAAAGAAAUACUGGGCAUGUUUUAUGUGUAACCAUCCCGAGAAAAUGUCCGAGCUGAUGCCCGACGGCAAUCCCGUCAUAGCUGGUCAGCUGAAGGAGAAGAAAGGAAGAUGGAGGUUUCUAAAGCGAUGGAAGACAAGAUACUUCACGUUAUCUGGAACACAAAUAAGCUACAACAAGAGUGAUUCAAGAAAAGAAACAUUACCGGUGAGAGAGAUACAGAGUGUAAAAGCUGUAAGGAAAGGUAUACGUGACAUUCCAAAGGCAUUUGAGAUCUUCACUUCUGAUCAGAAUUAUGUAUUCAAGGCCAAAGGUCAACAGAAUAUUGAACCGUGGGUACAAUGUAUACAUCUAGCGGUUGCUAAAGCCAAUGAUGAGGAUGGGGAAGAGCACCAGGUUGUCGAGGAUAUGAUGUUACAGAGACCUAGAUCAGCUGUCAGGGAUACUAAAUUAUAGCAUUGCAUGUUAUAUAUAAAGAACAAAUGUUAAUCCUGUAUGGCAAUUGCAUUUUUUUUUCACAAAGAGCAGCUGAAAGAAAAAUAGGAAUAUUUUGGAAAAAGUAGCUACCAGUGUAAACUAUGCCUUCUUGAAACAGUCUGGUAAUGUUACUUUGUAACUUUGUCUUAAACCAAUAAGAUUGAUAUUCACAUGAAACAAUUGUUUUCCUUGUUUUUCAUUUUUCUAGAAUUUCUUUUUCAGUAACUUAUUUAAUGAUCUUUACAAUGCAACACAUUAUUUUUUUGAAGUACAAAUGUAAUUCCCUACUUUGUGAAAACCUGCUUUAAUGUCUAGAAGAUGUCUCUAACCAUGAGUUAAGGCCACUAAAACGAAGAAGUUUAAAUUUUUAUACCAGUAGUUUACUUUCAUAUUCCAUUUUGCUAAUUGAGUAAAUAAUCAAAUUGCAUUGCUGUGACAGGUAUAUGCUUUCACAUUGGUUUUUACUCUUACGAAAUGAACGUUUUGGUUUACUCAUAUGUAAAAAUGAGCUGGAGGAUUUUGUAAUACAUUCAGCACACAUUUAUAUCUGAAAAAUGCACUGAUUUAUCUUCACUUUUAAAAUUCUAGUCACCUGCAUUCUACAUACCUUAAAAUUCACCCAGUGUUGACAUAGACACAUUUUUUUUUAUAACAAAUGCGUAUUUUCUUUGCUGAAUAUUAAGUUGUUUUAUUCCUGAAAGACUGUUUUUUUUCUUCUGAAACUUGUCUUAUAUACAAAGUAUUUCAUUUAAUAUUUCCUUUCACACCAAACAAUGUCAUUUUUAAUGCAAAAUUAAACUGUUUUAUACAGAUUUUUUCUAGUUUUUGAUAACAUGUAAAUCCUUGGCAUUCAUUACAACAGGGUUAUACCAAAUAUAUAUCCACAACAGUUAUUUUGAUAUUAUGAUCAUACUGGUAAUAAAAGCAUUUUUAGAUAUCAAAUAUAUACUCGUGUAAGGUUGUGAGCCAGGCAGAGACAUUCACUGUAUUUUUGUAAUUUUGUUUUUCGACAAAUGUGCUGUGAAAUUAUCUAUGUCAUGACAUGAGCAUCAUACAGCAGUGGUGUCAUAUGGCAUUAUUGAUACUGUGAGAUCAUUAUUUGUAGUGGACUGAUUUUCGUGGAUUUUGUGAUAGCAUCAGUAAGUGAAAACUUAAUCCCAACAAGCGCAAUUUUUAUGCCUCCGAAGGGAGGCGUAUAGUUUUUGAACCGUCUGUCAGUCUGUCGGUCUGUCAGUCUGUCAGUCUGUCCACAAUUUUCGUGUCCGGUCCAUAUCAUUGUCAUCGAUGGAUGGAUUUUCAAAUAACUUGGCAUGAAUGUGUACCACAGUAAGACGACGUGUCGCGCGCAAGACCCAGGUCUGUAGCUCAAAGGUCAAGGUCACACUUAGACGUUAAAGGAUAGUGCAUUGAUGGGCGUGUCUGGUCCAUAUCUUUGUCAUCGAUGGAUGGAUUUUCAAAUAACUUGGCAUGAAUGUGUACCACAGUAAGACGACGUGUCGCGCUCAAGACCCAGGUCCAUAGCUCAAAGGUCAAGGUCACACUAAGACGUUAAAGGAUAGUGCAUUGAUGGGCGUGUCCGGUCCAUAUCUUUGUCAUCCAUGGAUGGAUUUUCAAAUAACUUGGCAUGAAUGUGUACCACAGUAAGACGACAUGUCACGCGCAAUACCCAGGUCUGUAGCUCAAAGGUCAAAGUCACACUUAGACGUUAAAGGAUAGUGCAUUGAUGGGCGUGUCUGGUCCAUAUCUUUGUCAUCGAUGGAUGGAUUUUCAAAUAACUUGGCAUGAAUGUGUACCACAGUAAGACGACGUGUCGCACGCAAGACCCAGGUCCGUAGCUCAAAGGUCAAGGUCACACUUAGAUGUUAAAGGAUAGUGCAUUGAUGAGCGUGUCCGGUCCAUAUCUUUGUCAUCCAUGGAUGGAUUUUCAAAUAACUUGGCAUGAAUGUGUACCACAGUAAGACAACGUGUCGCGCGCAAGACCCAGGUCCGUAGCUCAAAGGUCAAGGUCACACUUAGACGUUAAAGGAUAGUGCAUUGAUGGGCGUGUCCGGUCCAUAUCUUUGUCAUCCAUGGAUGGAUUUUCAAAUAACUUGGCAUGAAUGUGUACCACAGUAAGACGACGUGUCGUGCGCAAGACCCAGGUCCGUAGCUCAAAGGUCAAGGUCACACUUAGACGUUAAAGGAUAGUGCAUUGAUGGGCAUGUCCGGUCCAUAUCUUUGUCAUCCAUGGAUGGAUUUUCAAAUAACUUGGCAUGAAUGUGUACCACAGUAAGACGACGUGUCGCGCGCAAGACCCAGGUCCGUAGUUCAAAGGUCCUAAACUCUAACAUCGGCCAUAACUAUUCAUUCAAAGUGCCAUCGGGGGCAUGUGUCAUCCUAUGGAGACAGCUCUUGUUUUUUUAUAAAAUUGGAAAGCCACAAACUCUUGCCAUAACAAAACUGGUAAUUUUGGUAAAAACUACAAAAAUUUACACCAACAAAAUAAAAUGAUUUAUGGUAAAGGAUUUUCAGUAGCAACAAAAGUUUAUAAAAAGGGUCAUGUUUCAACAUACCUUAUCAUUAGUGACCUUUGUUUGAUAACAAUUAAUUUACUGGGUAAAGGAUAUCAAAAAAGGUUGAGAACCUCAAUAAAUAAAGAAAAUUUUUCAAAACUGUUUUUCACCAAUUGUUAUGUCUGUACACAAUUUCAAAUCGAUCUUGCCUUGGACGUUGGUUAUGGUCAGUAACGACCUGUAACCUACCAAAACUAUGAAGGACCCCCUCAACUCGUGCCAUGUUUCAGGACCAAUUCAUACACUGUAAACUUGUAAAAACAUUAAUAUUUGUGGUGGACUAUUUUUCAUGGAUUUUUUGUUUGUUUGAUGAACCCAAGAAAUUAAAUCCAAAUGAACAAGUAAAGUUAUCAUUUUUAUUAAUAUGUUCAAAAAAUGAAAUUGUUGAAUCAUAUAUCUGUGAAAUGGCCGUUUUGGCCAAAAUCACAAAACUUCUUGCCCACAAAAUUAACUGAUUUCACAGUAUAUAUUACUGUUCGGCCUACUGAAUUUUUUUUUUUAUACCAGGGAAAACUGCUUGUCUACAUGUAGCUGCUUAUCUACAUGUAGAAUGCAUUCUGCUGAUAUUUGCAUUUAUAUUAUGAUUUAUAGAAGUACCUCUGGAGUUUAGAACAUUUUUAUUUGCAUUAUUAUGAAUUCAUAUCAACUACCAUUACAUUCCAUUAUGAUCAAACAUUUCAUAUGCAUAAUGUUUAUUUUGUCUCAUUGUACAGCUCUGCUUGUCAUUUCUAAAAUUUUGCUGUAUAUUUCCUGCCGAUGUAGCUCUAGCAGUACAUCGGGUUAGACAAUGUUGUAGAAAUAUUAGAGACUAAAAUUUAAAGUUCAUAGUUUUUUAUGCCCCCGAAGGGAGGCAUAUAGUUUUUGAACCGUCUGUCCGUCUGUCGGUCAGUCGGUCUGUCAGUCUGUCCGCAAUUUUCGUGUCCAGUCCAUAUCUUUGUCAUCCAUGGAUGGAUUUUCAAAUAACUUGGCAUGAAUGUAUACUACAGUAAGGCGAGGUGUCACGCGCAAGACCCAGGUCCGUAGCUCAAAGGUCAAGGUCACACUUAGACUUUAAAGGAUAGUGCAUUGAUGGGCGUGUCUGGUCCAUAUCUUUGUCAUCCAUGGAUGGAUUUUCAAAUAACUUGGCAUGAAUGUGUACCACAGUAAGACGACGUGUCGCGCGCAAGACUCAGGUCCGUAGCUCAUAGGUAAAGGUCACACUUAGACGUUAAAGGAUAGUGCAUUGAUGGGCGUGUCCGGUCCAUAUCUUUGUCAUCCAUGGAUGGAUUUUCAAAUAACUUGGCAUGAAUGUGUACCACAGUAAGACGACGUGUCGUGCGCAAGACCCAGGUCCGUAGCUCAAAGGUCAAGGUCACACUUAGACGUUAAAGGUCAUUUUUCAUGAUAGUGCAUUGAUGGGCGUAUCCGGUCCAUAUCUUUGUCAUUCAUGCAUGGAUUUUAAAAUAACUACGCAUGAAUGUGUGACACAGUAAGACGAUGUGUCGCACGCAAGACCCAGCUCCGUAGGUCAAAGGUCCUAAACUCUAACAUCGGCCAUAACUAUUCAUUCAAAGUGCCAUCGGGGGCAUGUGUCAUCCUAUGGAGACAGCUCUUGUUUUUUGUGAAUUUCAUAGCUAAAAUAAUUUCUUAUGGCUGAAUAAUAUUAUGUAUUUUAUAUAGUCUAAGAGGAUAUUACAUGAGUGUCUUCAUAUAUUAAACAAGUUGAAUAAAAUAAUAGAAUGCAAAGCUCUGCUGAGCAUUUUAUCAGUUUAUUCAACAAGUUUAAAAAAACUCGAUGUGGAAAGACACAAAAUUAAUGCAAUAUUCUUUUUAUCACAUAAUUACUUUUGCCUGCUGAAACUUAAACAUCAACAUAAUUAUCUUCUAUUUUUGCCUAUUAUAGUUAAUUGGACAGUCAAAGCUUUAUUACAGUAGUGUAAUACCAAAAUUAUGCAAUGGCUUUAUUUUACUCUUACGAUGUCAAUCAUGUGAUAAAUAUUGCUGAAGUAUAGAGAAAUAUGCAUUACUUGUGCUGUGAAAAUAUAUUGCAGGGUUUUCUGAACAGUGUGAAAUUUUUUUUUUCAGUUUAAUAUAACUUUCAUCUGUGCAUUAAAUUGCUCCCUUAUGUUACACAGUUUACUUCAGUCUGCUUAUAAUCAAAAUUCCCUAAGUAUGUUAUUUUAUAGAAUGAAAUAUAGGAAAUAUGUAUAUAGUUCAUACAUUUCAUAUUGUCACUUAUUUAUUUGAGCCAUGCCAUGAGAAAACCAACAUAGUGGGUUUGCGACCAGUAUGGAUCCAGAUCAGCCUGCGCAUCUGUGCAGUCUGGUCAGGAUCCAUGCUGUUCGCUUUUAAAGCCUACUGCAAUUGAAGAAACCGUUUGCGACCAGCAUGGAUCGAGACCAGCCUGCGCAUCCGCGCAGUCUAGUCAGGAUCCAUGCUGGUCGCAAAGUCACUAUGUUGGUUUUCCCAUGGCACAGCUCAAUUUUAAUUUUUUUUGUAACACCCUUCUACUGAACCAAAACAUACCUUAAAGGCUUUAUAGUUUUGGUCUAAUCAAUAUAGAGAUCUGAUGUGUGUGUAUAUUGUAUGCAUAAAAAAACGUAAUUAUGCAGUGAUUCUUUUAGUGUUACAUCUAAAUUAAAGGGAAAUAUAUCUGCAAGGCUUUAAGUUUUACUGAACCAUUAAGUUUUGCUUGUUUCCUGAGAAAUGUAUCACCAAAUAAUGAUAUUUACAUGGAAAAUAUACGCACUGUUUCUCUUAUGUUUUUUAGCUUUAAACUUCUCUAGGUGAAUUUAUUGUUAUAAUACAACAAAAAAUUGAUAAACACAAUUUAUUUUAUUACAGUAACUUUAGCUGAAAUAUUGUGAAACAGUAUAUUUUUUGUGAAUAUGGAAUUACAAAUAACAGGAGUUUUUUAUACUACAUUUUUAUCUAAUGUAAUACUGAGGUUGUGGUUGUUUACAGUAAGAAGGCUUUCAGGUUUUAUAUGUUUUUAAUACUAAUAUACUUUUUGACUACCUGAAGACUAGGAAAUGAUAUACAUUUUACAACAUUAAAAAUACAAUGUGGAAAAUACCAUUUGGAACUGGAGAUAUGACACAUUGUAAAACCAAAGAGAUGUACACUUGUCAACAAAGACCACCAUUCGGAGAGUUAAAAUGAGGUCUUUUUAAUUUAUGAAGGUGGUGUUUAUUCACAGGUUAUAAUACACUGCAUGUGUUUAAAUGUGAAAUAAAACAUGGUCGUUAUUCAUAAGUGGUCUUUAUCAUAAGUUUGACUGUAAUUUCAUAUUAGGUAACAUUAAUAUGCCAGUAAAGUCACCAAUACUGAAAUACAAAUGACUGUUAAAUAGUUUUAUUGACACUUAAUGGACAAAAAAUGCAAUGUAAAAAAAACUUUUUUGUGGCAUGCCGUAUAUUGGACUUUGAAACCGGUUUCAUAAAAGUCAAGACCUAGAGUUUAAAUUAAGGUUAACUCGAGUGAAAGAAGCUGCUUUAACCUCAUUUUCCAGUAGUACCUCACCAGUCCCUACUCUCAAAUAAGGAGAUGGGAAAUUCUUGCCAUGACAUUACAUUUCUUUUCCACUUUCAAGUUCAAAUGAUACAUGUAGUAUAGUUUACAUGAUUAUUUUUAUUCACGGAUUUAAAUGUAAAUGUAAAUUGUAGUUCAAUUACAUUAGACUUUUUCUGUGUACUUACAUGGGUGGAAACUAAAUAUUUUAAUUUUUCAUUGAAUUAUAACUGUAAGAAAUUAUAUUUUGCAGUCCGUGCUGUUUGCAGAAUUAAUUACAUAUAAAAAGCUGAACUGAUUUCAUCUUGAGUGUGAAAGAAAGUUCUAGUCUAAGAUAUCUUGGCAUACACAUUAACUAAAGGGGAAUUUCAGACUUUGCAAAGCUAGAUGUGCUGUUCAGAGGUGGGAUUUUGCUCAGUGCCGUGAACAUAUUGCAUAUACAACAUUGCUAACUCUUACAAUUUUCAGAAAAUUUCAAAUUGCAUGUAUAUGAAAAAUUUUAACAGAGCAUGUAUAGAAAUACAACUUUGUUUGCUGGUGAAGUGGUACACAGUUUUGGUUUAAGAUUAAAAAGCAAUAAAAGUCAUAGUCAGAAUAUUAAGGAGCUAACAGACUGUUAAGAAUAUUAUUAUAAAAUAAAAUAAUAAAACAUUAACUGCUUGUGGUCUCAAGGGGAUGUGCGGUCCAGACACAAGGAAAAUAUAUGGUAUACAGGCAAGGAUCACAUGAAUUGGUCAAGCAAGCCCAUUACCUUGAGUUAUAAAGGGAAUUCUGGUCAGAAACCUGAAAUCUGGACCAGUCCUGAAAAAUCCCAGGCCCAAAUGUAUUGCAUAGUUAAAUGUAACACACUUGAGGAAGUUUCAAUUAUUGUAAUACAGAUCAUUUAUUAAAGUAUGAAAAUCCCUCAUAUUGUUCAUUCAGGGAUGAAAGUAUUAAAUUUUAUGAAAAUUUUUAUCAAAAGCUUGUGAAAACAUAUUUUUACACAAGGGAGGUGCCAUCUUGGUAUGUGGCUUGAUUAUAUAUUGAUUUUCAGUCUUACUUACAAUAAGAUACUGUUUGGCUUGGUUUUUGACAUCACUCUAAAGUUUCUUGUCACUUUAAAACGUGGUAUUUUCAACUCGACUCUGGCUAUACCAGAAAUUAGAAUCAUAUAUAUAAUAAGAGUAGAUGCAUAUUUAAUAAAGAGAUUAUUAGCUUGGCAUUGAGAAAUGUACACCCAAUUUUUUAGCGGAGUGAUAUAAUUGCACUUUUAAAGUCAAGUGACAAUUCUGUUGCAGAACUUUCGUAUUUUUUUAAACCAAGUUAAUAACCUGUAAUUUUUGUGUGCACGUGGAAUGACAUCUCUGUUUACAUUGAAAUGCUUUACAUAACUAUCAUAUUAAUGGAUGAAGUUGCACAGUCUUCAAGUAGUUAUAUUAAACUUCUUUUUUUUUGAAUGUUAAUAGUAAAGGGAUGAGGAUAUUUUACACGGUUGUGCAAUAACCUAUUAGUGUUGUAAUGUGAUAAUUAACACACCCGAAAUGUGUAGAUGUUGGAAAGGUUUCACUGUUGAUUUCAGUUAAUGUUUUUUUUUUCUCCUUGUAUGUAGUUAAUAACAUUAUCAGUUUUUAAAUAACAUGGUCAUGUAAACCAUGUAAUAAUACUAUUGGGAGUAGUUGGGUUAGCUUUUGGUGUCCAGUAUGUUUUCUUAUGCAUAAGUUUCUUAUUUCAACAAUUUUACCCCUUUAAAACCAAAGGAAAAACAGCUUGACACUUUUUUUAUUCAAUUCAGAUACCUUUAUUUUUAGUCUGUACUUUAAAUACAAAGACUAGAUCUACUUGGUAUAACAAUGUGUUUUGCGAUUUGAUAUGUGAUACAAUAUGGCUUCCAUAAAGUUGACAUAUUAGAACCAAGUUAUUUUUGCACUCUAUAAAUAAAUGUUUUAUAUGCAUUUACAUACCCACCUCUUUUGUUAUUUAGUAAUAUUUGUUCUGUGAUAGAUACAGAAACCAGUGAUGGGCUUGUGGGAAAACAUUAAAAUUGAAUGUAUUUUGCUUCUUUUACCUGUUUUGUCCAUAUGUAAUAUUAUAUGUACAAGAUCUACUAUAUACAGAACUUGGCAAGAAAAUCAUAUUUGUAUGUCCUUAUUAUACCUCACUUUGAAGAAGAGGGUGUAUAUUGGUUUGCUUGGGUAUGUCAGUCAGUUGGUAAGUAUUCUAUUUCCAGUCAGUAACAAGAGAAAGCUUUUGCCUGCAGACGUCAGAUUUCAUUAGUCUUAGUAGGUAGGUCAAGGUCAUGACUAAAAAUAGUUUCUGAUUACAUUGCUUGGGCAUACAGUGGUCAGACUUCAUAGGAGGAUUCUGCAUCAUUGCUACAUAACCACUAUAAUAAUAUAAUUUCUUUUUGAAGUAGUUAGCCAAGGUCAUAGUUAUCUGUGGGCUGAAAAAUGCUUUGGCCAAGGACUGCCAAAUAUUAUAAGGUUGCACAUGGUCAGUAGAUGGUCCCUAUUGUUUUAGGGGUCAGUGUGUCAAAGGGCAAGGUUACAGUGACCUUGAAACUUACAAUAACUGCAGAAGGCUUGGGGCUAUAGCCAUGAACACCAUAGCUUGGGUAUUCAAGGUCAGAGAGACCUAGAGAUUAAAAUGGGUGAUCUAUAGCUCAAGAAGACAGAACCCUGUAGCAAUCAAGCUAAAAUUUUAUAUAAUGACUUGUACUGUUUUUAGAGUCAUUAGGUCAAGGUCACAUCAUCCUAGCAACUUAAAAUUAUAUACCAAAUUACAUCUGGUAUGCCACCAUGGGGGGCAGAGGGGCACACAUGCCUUUCACAAAUAACUUGCUUUCUUUAGGACUUUAAGUAAAAUCCAGAGAGCCUUUAUUUUGCAUAUGAUUGAUGUAUUUAUCAUAGUAAAUGAUGGGAUAAGUGAAAGAAAUCAUAAUAAGAAGAUCAAAUACAUUUAAAUGCUUGAUGAAAUAUGUAUACAUUUAAUGCCAUUUGUUUAUACGCAUUGCUUAUAACACUUGUUUUGUUGUAAAAAUUUAAAUAAAUUUAUUUAUAUUUAUAAUGUACUAUGUUGGUGAACAUAACAAUGUGAAUAAACAAUUUUAUAGAA